AUGGCGUCUGGAGGUACGAUCCAUUACAAGUUCAAAUCUCAAAAGUCCUACGACACGGUCACCUUCGACGGCGUCUACAUCUCCGUCGCGAAUUUGAAACAACUCAUAGCGGAGAAGAAAGGCUUGGACAAAGAAGGCACCGCGGAAUUGUUACUCACGAACGUCACCGAGGAUGGUAACAACAAAGGAGUAGGUCAAGAUUUAACCGACGACCAAAGUUUAGUGUGGAAAAACGCGUCGAUUAUCGUGAGGAGAGUCCCGAAAGCGAUGGGGAAAACCAUCGGCGAUGCCCAAGAAUUGAAGGAAGAAAAGAAGCGGAUCUACGUGAAACCACCGGACGCGGCGACGCUGAACAUGGCGCAACAAGCCGCGAACAGAAACAGAAGGAACAUGCUCACGGCGAAAAGAGAGAAAAGGGAACGGAUGAAGAAAAUGAGAGAAGGAGAAGGAGAGGAUUUGGACAACGCGGACGACGACUUGGACAACGAGGAAGAAGCGUUGAAAGAAGAGAAGGACAUCAAAGAUUUAAUCGCGAACGAGACGAAACAAUGGGACGCGGAAAGACUUCAAGCACGGAACGCGAAGAUUGUGUCCAAAGCGGCCGGGAAUCAACCGAUGCAAAGGCAAGGAAUCGCGACGAGGAAUAACGCGGCACCGGUGGUGUCGCAAGGCGUGCAAUUGGCGAAGGAGAUGCAAGCGAAUAAAAUUAUGCACCAGAGUUACGUGAGAGCGGACGGGGCGGGGGUGCCGGGGCCGGGGUACGUGUGUAAACAGUGUAACGUGCCGGGACAUUGGAUUCAAGAUUGCCCGCAAGGGAAAGAUGCGAACGUGGAAGUGGUGAGGAUGAAAACGGCGUAUGGGAUUCCGCAGAAUAGGUUGGAAGGGACGGAUACGGGGGUUUUGGUCGGGCCGACGGGCGAGAGCGUGGAGAUGAAAGCGGACGAGACGGAGUUCGAUCGCAUGAUGGGGUUUUUAACCGGUAAAGAAGAAGAUGAGGAUGACAAGAUGUUGAUGAUUGGUGAUAAAAAAGAUGGCGAAGAGGAGAAUGCAGGUAACGAAGGAGAACAGCACCCUUUUUCGCCGGCGACAGACGGAGUCCAAUCGCCGACGAUGGCGCCUCCGCCGGGCGGUCCUCCACCAGGCGGACCUCCACCGCUUCCAAUGGGGCCUCCGCCAUCCACCGCGGAAACGAGAGAAGAGAGAGACAAAAAGCGCGCGGAGGAGAAAGCGGCGGCGAAAGAACGGUUCGUGAACAUGUCGCCGGAAGAGGUGAUGAACAUGGAUCCGGCGGAGAUGGAAAAGUUGAUGGCGCUCAUCGGCGACGACGAGAACGAUGAGAUGAUGAAGAUGGGAGAUGGAGGUGGUGGAGGUGGUAUGCCGCCGCCUGGUAUGCCGCCACCGCACGCGCAGCGGUAUCGUCGGGGUCCCAUGGGAGGAUUCCCAUCCCUUGGUGGUGGUGGUUAUAACAACGCAGUCAUCGUAACGGAACCGAAGAUAGACAUGACGCCGGAAGAGGAAGAAGAAGCGGACAGAAUGUUGAAAACAGGCGAUUUUAGCUCGAUAGAAGCGAUGUUGAAAACCUUUGGGUGCACGCCAGAACAAAUCGAACACUUGAUGAAGACGCAACCGUCGUUUCCGAAUCCAUUUUAUGGCGGCGGACCGCCGGGCGAAAGAAGGCAAUUUGCCGGUCCAAGACCGUGUUACGCGUACGCCAAAGGCGAGUGUUUCCGGGGCGAUCGGUGCAAAUACUGGCACGAUCCUUCGAUUCCAGCGCCGGACCGCUCGAAACAAAUCGGCGAAGGCGGUCCGUGUUGGGCCUUUGCGCAAGGACGAUGUUUUCGAGGCGACUCGUGCAGAUUUUCGCACGACCCGAGCAUUUUACCCAAGGAUUUAGAAAACAAUCCGUUUCGAAACGCGGGCGUGCAAGACGGACCGCCGCCGACGCAAUUUGGCGGCAAUGGUGGCGGCGAGGACGGAGGAGGACCGUCAGAGUUUGGUGGUCGAAAGCGCGUGCGAGAAAACUCCAGAGAUCGAUUCGAAGACACUAUUCAACGAGACGACUCGCGAGAAGGUCGUCCGAGCUCGCGAGGAGGGUACGACAAUCCACCAAGAAGAGGUAACUCGCGCGACCGCGGUGCUCCUCCGUUCCGAUUCGGCGCGGAGCAACAACCAUCCGGUCCACCUCUCGACCAUCAGCAAAGAGGUCGCCGCAUGCCGCCCGGUCCUCCUCCGGGAUCCAAACGUACUCGCGACGAUUCGAGAGAACCCGGAGGAAGCCGACCGCCGAGCAGAGACGGAGGUCGACCGCCGGAGGCGAAACGCUCCAGACGAAACGAAGAUAACGACGCCACGCAGCAUCAAAACGGACAACAAGGUGGUGGUGGUGGAUUCGUCGAAGGUUUUCGAGGAGGAAGAGGAGGAGGAAGAAGAGGAGGAGGAGGAAGAGGUCGCGCGCCGCCGCCUCCAGCCUCCCAAGGAGGCGGCCAAAGAGGUAGUCGUAGCAUCCGAAAUAGAUUGACCCGAUAA